AUGGAACCCAACCCAAAUCUGGAAGUCUUCAAGAGACAUACAGUUUUCCUGACAGGAAGUACCGGUGCCCUUGGCGCUUGUCUUCUGUAUAAACUUGCCGUGCAACUUCCCACGAGCAAAAUUUACGUUCUCAUCCGCUCAUCACCCGACGUUGCCCUCAGCAAAUGGCGACGUUUAUUGCAGGCCAAAUUUGAAUCUGUCAUCAAAUCGGAAAGAAUUCACUUUAUUCGUGGCGAUAUGACUCAGCCCAACUUUGGCAUAGAAAACUCUUCCAUGGAAAGGUUGCGCCGAGAAGUCACACUGAUCUUCAAUACUGCGGCAAAUAUCACUUUAAACUCUGAGAUAUCCGAAGCUAUUGCAGAAAACUGUUUACCAGCCUUGGAGCUUGCACGUAUUGCGUCUGGAUUUCUUGUUUUGGGGUUAUUUGUCCAGAUCUCAACCGCCUACGUGAAUAGUUUUCUUCCCGAUGGUGAGAUAGAGGAGAAAGUCUACCACGUUUCGGACGACGAUCCUGAAGACGUAUUGGCGUCAAUUCUUAGUUCUGGAAGCUCGAGUGAUACUGAUCGAUUCGCUUCAUCCUACGCUCAUGCCAAAUACCUGCUGGAGCGCCUUCUUCUCCAAAGACAUCCUGCCCUUCCAUUGAUGCUUCUGCGCCCAGCAUGUUUUGGCCCUUCAAUACGCGAUCCAUACAGAUUGUACGGCCCAGACAAGUCACUUCCUUUGAACAAAUUUGCACAAACCUUUAUCGCUUUACGUGAUCCCGCGCAGAUUUGGCAUGCUACCGAGGGAUCCAAAAGUGGAACCAACGUUUUGGACGAAAUUCCCGUGGAUUUCGUUGCGAAUGCUUGCCUUCUUCAUGCAGCGAACAAGACGUACGGAAUUGUCCAUGUUGGUUCCGAACUUAGCGUUUCGCGUACUUUCGAUGACUUUCUCGCCCUUUACCGACUUGUGAUUCCACGAGAAGACCAAUUAUCUGGAGUUGUGUUUGUACAAGACCGAGCCCAGGAUCAAUGCUUUCUAGCUGAUCUAGUCAAGGUUGCUACGCGUAAUUGGAAGUUCAAUUGUAGUCGCUCUAAGUGGAUCAAAGGAAUCGGUGGCCCGUUGUCUUUAGAUGUUCCUGCUGCUGAGGUGGAGGAACUCCAGAGAGAAAAUGUCCGGCUCUUAUACCACAAGGCAAACAGUCGAAUGCAAAAGCUCUGA